AUGCCAUACGAUCUACAGGGAAAGAAGGUUCUGGUAACGGGCGGCUCGCGGGGGCUCGGAGAGCUCAUCUGUUUCAACUUUGCGCGGGAGGGCUGCGAUCUUGCCGUGAACUAUGUGGCAAAUGCGGAGCGGGCGGAGAACGUGAGGAGGAAGAUCGAGGGGGAUUAUCAAAGGAGGGCUUAUGUUAUCCAGGGCGAUAUGGGCGUCGAGGCAGACGUUAUCGACACUGUCAAGACAGCGACUGAGAAACUCGGUGGUCUGGACAUCAUCAUCUCUAACGCCGGCUACACUCGCUUCUCCAAGUUCUCCGACCUCUCUGCCCCCACGGCCGAGGAUUGGGACAGAUGCUACGCGGUCAACGUCAAGGCCCAGGCCAUCCUCAUGCGCGAAGCAGCGCCAAUCUUUAACGCCAACCCUCAAGGAGGCGUCUUGAUCAUGACGUCGAGUAUCGCUGGCAGGAAUUUGGGUGGGAGCUCCAUGCCGUACAGCGUGACGAAGGCGGCACAGCUGCAUCUGAUGAGGUGUUUGGCGAGUACGCAGGGCCCAAAGAUUAGGGUCAACGCUGUGUUGCCAGGGCUGCUUCUGACGGAGUGGGGUCUGUUGUAUUCCGAAGAGAGGAUCAAGGAGAUGAAUCAGAAGGCUUCUCUGGGGAAGGAUACCGAUCUAGGGGAUUGUGCUCAGACUUUCGUAGAUGUUGCAAAGAAUGCUUCGAUGACAGGGCAGAAGAUACAGGUUGACGCUGGUCUUGGGCAGAACGAUUAG